AGGGUAACUGAGAAAAAUUGAGUUUAUGCAAAAUAAGAACAAAAUUUGUAGUUAUCAUGAAAAAUAAAAUUUGUAUUUUAUUUUUCAAUAUCUUAUCAAGUAUUUCACUGAUCGAGGAACAGAAAUAAAUAUAAAAUACAGUGAAAACCUUCUAUAGCCCUUCCGAGAAUUGACGUCGCGCCGCAGGUAGGUGUAACAGGAGCUGCGCGGGGUCUGCGGUUGUCACUACGGCGUGGACAAACAAAAGCGGAGCGAGCUGUAAUGAGUUAGUUCCCACCCACCGUCAGCUCCAAAAUUCAAGGAGUUUCACUAUACUCGACAUUUUAUAUGUAGAAAAGUUCGCAUUUUGGACAAAAUCAAAAGUCAAGCACGAGUUACGUAAAUGAUAAGAAUUUUUUCGUUAAAGCCGCAGGAGCCUUAACAAUAGAGAAUUCACAAUCAUUACAUUAGAGUUGUCGAUGCUUUAAUUUUUAAGGUCUAAGUACAAAUGCGAGAGAAGUAUAAAAACCGAACGUGUAGCGCGAGGCAAACACAUUAUCGAGGGCGAAGCGCGAGAUCUAAAGCGCGCUCAAUCUUGCGAGCGAAAGAAGCCACGCGCAUAGCGCGAAGAGAAUGUGUCCGCGUGGCGGGAAGAUUUUUUUUCUUGAAAGUUAGGUCUGUACAUAGUGCUUGUUGCGAAAAGAUGUGGGUAAAGUAGAAAUCAUGACAGUAUUGCAUGACCUUAAAGAUAAUUCACUAUUCGGAAUGUUCUAAGAUUUUAAUUUUCGAAUUUAAUUACACUGGAAUGAAUUAUCUUCUGGUCGCGUCCUUCAUUCGAACGGAAAUUGCUUUUGUUUACGCAAACGAACGAGAAGAAAUAUCCCAAAGUAAACCAAAAUAUUUUCUUUUCAAUGCGAACGACAAAUUUACCUACCAUUUCUGCUCCUGCUAUAAUGCAAAAAUCGAAGGAAAAUUUGCGAGUGAAGUGGGAAGUAUCUUCGGCAAUGUAGUGUGCAUCUAAAUAUAAUAUAUAAUAAUCACCCAGCCACAUGUGUGUUGUGUUUUCAAAAGUACAGAUUACACGUCACAGAACCGACUGUUCAGUAUCGUUAUCGUCGACACAAAUGUCUCGCACCUUUCCAUCAAGUGGAUCGUCAAAUGUUUAUUCUGUAACGAUUCGAAUCUUAUCUUAUAUCAGUAUAGUUGCCUACCUGCUAACACGUGGGACUUUUAACUUUUUAGUUAUUGUAAAAAAACUUAGGACUCAAAUUAAAAAUAAAUUAACCAAAGGUUAAUUUGAAUUAUAUACAACGUUUUGUCUGCCGAGGAAGGGAAUAGUGUCAACUAUUCUUCCAGCAAUUCUCUUUUUUUAUACAGUAUCUCGUGAAAUAUUACCUGAAGUGAAACCUUUCUGUAAAAGAAUCGAUUUCUUAUACUGUGUAAUAUUUUCUGCAAUUUUUAGUGUGACUUUUGUGAAAAAAAUAGUAUCUUCAUAGGAGUUACAAAUUUUGAAUCCGCUUGAACGAAUUUCGUUACUUGUUGAGUGUGUGAAACGAAACAUAUUUAUUGGAACAAAAAAGUCAAACUAGGAUAUUAUUCAGAACUUACCGUUAACGGUGAAGGUAACGAGUUGUCUGGAGUUUCUCUCAUCUCGAUACAUAAGAUUAUCAAUUCACACAGUCUAUGAGGAGUUUCCGGAUUGCGAUAGGAAACGUUAGUCGCACAUAAUAUACAACACAGGCCUUGAGAAGGCUUCAACUCGACAUGGCCCUCGUAAUGCACUAUGUGGACCGGUUCCACGAGAUUCUGGAUAAAAAUGCAGACUCAAGGACGACAGAUUGGUUCUUGAUGAGCUCACCCUUCCCAACGCUAUUCGCUUGCCUAUCUUACGUAUACAUAGUCAAAGUUCUGGGACCCAAAUUGAUGGAAAAUAGAAAACCUUUCCAGCUACAAAACGUACUCAUAUUCUACAAUCUAUUUCAAGUUGUGUUCUCGUCAUGGCUCUUUUACGAGUGUCUGAUGGGCGGAUGGUGGAGUCACUAUAGCUUUCGCUGUCAGCCGGUGGAUUAUACCAACAGCCCUACUGCUCUCAGAAUAGGAAUGUCCGGAUGGCUGAACGGGGAGUAUUCUCUAAGGUGUCAGCCGGUAGACUACAGUGAACGACCCCAAGUAAUAAGGAUGGUCCACGCCUGCUGGUGGUAUUACUUCUCUAAAUUUACUGAAUUUAUGGACACGAUAUUCUUCGUCCUGAGAAAGAAGAACAGCCAUGUGUCUACCCUCCAUGUUAUUCACCACGGAUGUAUGCCAAUGUCUGUGUGGUUUGGAGUCAAAUUUACUCCAGGUGGUCACUCAACUUUCUUCGGUCUCUUGAACACGUUCGUCCAUAUCAUCAUGUACACGUACUAUCUCAUGGCCGCUUUGGGUCCCAGAGUACAACCUUAUCUCUGGUGGAAGAAGUACCUGACUGCAUUCCAGAUGCUCCAAUUCGUAUUCAUCAUGAUCCACGCGUUUCAGCUCCUGUUUAUAGACUGCAACUACCCCAAAGCCUUCGUUUGGUGGAUUGGCCUCCACGCUGUGAUGUUCCUCUUCCUCUUCAACGAAUUCUACCAACAAAGCUACGCACAAAAGAAGAGUCGCAGAGAGGCGAAGAUCGCUGCUGCUGCAAGACAAACUGCGACUAAUGGAGCUACCAGUGGCAAAAUUUCCAACGGCACCAGUGAGAAUGGAGUUAGGAGAAAAGAGGCUGCCGACUACUACGUCAAGGGUGACACUAUCGCCGCGACCGAGUUAAGCCUACGAAAACCCUACGCUUCAAUUGAAUGAUCUCUUGACUUAUUUAGGAAACCGGAAAAAUACCAGCAUCCGAGUUGCGGCCGCGAAUCAUCGGAUGAUAAUAUCCUCGCCUCUGAUCAUCAGCUCAAUGUCCGGACUCGUUUGCAAUCGUGCCAUCGAAUCAUUCGCAGGAUCAUUGUCCAAAAUCGCUAUAAAAGAAACGGAAGAGAAGAAACUAGACUCGUGAUUGCCAACGUAGGCUGAGGACACUUUACCUCAUGUGCCCGGAGUUUCGUUUUUGAGAUUCACCACAUGAUCGUGUUCUAUGGCCAUUUAUUGGCUGUCAAUACAUGAGAAACUAGGAAAACUUAUAAAGACGAGUGCGGUGUUAUGGUCUGUUACAUGAAUCAUACAAAUCUUUCCAAUUCUUUAAAGAUCGUAGCACAGUAUUCUCUUUUUCACCCUUUUAUUUUCCAGUAAUUUGCCUUCAUUUUCAUUUUACUUUCCUUUUAUUUUCUUUCUUCCUUUCUUCUGGACUCUGCGAUUAGCGACUCAAGAUGGGAGGUAGCACGCUCACCAUCGUCUUGCCCUGUUUAGGUCAGACAUUUUGUACAUAGAUAGGUUAGUUUUAUACUAUCGCAAUGCGAAUAAGAAAAGACCUUGUGCCUUACUUUUAAAAUGAGUUUUACCGUAGCACGAUAUUGAAGUAUUUCUGCUUAAUUGAAAGAACACUUUAAGUCAUUGCUGAAGGCAGAAUCAUUGAUACUUUUUGCGUUAUCAACGGCCGCUUCAAAAAAACUGUAACGGUCUUAACGCAAGUAUAAAUAUUUAACUUUUUAAUUAUUUAUUUAACCGCAUGUUAUAAUAUACCUGAAUAUGAUUCAGAAUUUUCAAAUCUAUCAUUUCUGUAAUGAUAGCCUUUACAAAAAAAGCAAGAAUAUAACUCUCAAACAUUUUUCAAGGACAUCGAUACUUAUAGGGAUAUUUUUUCUGCUUGGAAUUAUUAAUUGGAUCACUAAGAUAAUACGAUUAGAAUCAAGGGAAAUAUCCAAAUUUUACAGAAGCAGUUAUCGAAUCAUUCUAGAUAGUUAGAGGGAAUUAAUUGCGGAUUAUUAAUCAAUUUUGAUUCGUUCCUUUCCAUGCGGCGAUUAGAAAUUAGAAGUAUUUUUGUAAAGAGUUUUUAAAGGAUAAUCACACGUUUGAUGAACAAGCGAGCAUUAUUUUAACGAAUAAAAUCCUACCAACGGCAGAACUUGAGGUUAUUUUGUUGCAAGGAUCUGGCUGUGGAAGGAAAAAUAAAAAGUGGAAUUAAGAUUCGAGGAUCAUGUAACAACACAUGGAUAUUAAGAAGAUACCAUUGAUAUUUUAAUAAUCAUAUAGCUGAAUAAAUUCAGUAGAAUGUCACAUCAAUUUUUGGAAACCCGUGUACUUAAAAACUAAUAAUAACCUAUCAAAAUUACUUUUUAUGGUAGAUUUUUAUUCUAUAUGUUAGUAUUCUUUGGAUUUCAUCUUCGUGUAGAGAAUUGGAAGUGAAAUUUGAAAAUCUGUUGAAAAAGAAGCGUUGUCUAUUCGCCCAGCUUUUUCGAUAAUUAGCCCUAGACAAUCAAAUUUGCAAGAUUUUAUAUAUUUUCCAAAGAGCUGGACGACUAAUCACGGUCAUAAAGUAAUUAGGUUUCAAGAUGACGGUUUUUAAAAUUAACGAAAAUACUUAUCAACUCGCUUGUCACCCCUAGGAAGCCUAAGUUAUGUUUGGUUACGUAAUAUUGUAUCCAAUUUGCAUAUGUAUGUGUUCACUAAAAAUUAAAAUGUCAAAUAGAGAGAAGGUAAUAGUAUAUCGCCAUACUAGCUUAAGAAUUUUACAUUAAUGUACGAGGGCCACUCCAAAUGUAAGUUUAAAGAUGUUCCAAAAAAUCGAAAAUACAUGAAAAAAAAUUAUUUACAAAGAUUGGGGUUAUAAUCAUUUUUCAACAUAAUUACCAGCCCAAUCACAACAUUUUUGGUAGCGUAGGGAUAAUUUUUUCAAACUAUUGGCGUAUUUAUGCUACCAAAUAUGUUUGGACCGGCCUAGUGAUUAUGUUGAAAAAUUAUUAUUACCCUAGAAUUUCUUAAUAUUUAUCUUUUAUUUUUAAUGCAUUUUCAAUGCUUUGGAACAACUUGAAAUUUAAUUUCGCAUUGGCCCUCGUAUGUAUAAUACUAUAUCAUACGUUAAAACCAUGAAUUACGCCGAAUUCUGCAAUACAAACUUUUGAAUAUAUCAAAAGAAACUAAAUAUCAUCACACGGAAAAAUGUAUAAAAAAAGAUUGUAAAAUUAAAAGUCAGAAGUGGUCAGACGAUACACAUGCGAUAUACAUAUACAUACAUUAAUGUCAUUGAAAUUAGGAUAAUUAGUGUAAUUAAUUUUAAUUAGCAAGAAAACCAGGAAAAAGGGUUACUCAAGGCUUCCUAGGAUUAAUUAAAAUUGUCUACUAAAGAUGCGAUAUCAAUCAAUGUAAAAGGUCUUCGCACGACAGGGUGUGAUACAUUUUUCGAAAAAUAAAUUCAAUAUUAUUAGUUUGGAAA